GUAGGGAAGUCGGACGCAGUUGCUUUGCACAUGGUGUGGCAACCCUGUGCUGACAGUUUAGGAAACCCCUCAAGACAAUCAAAAGUCGAUCAAGAAGCACAAUCUCCUGGAUAAUACUCAUUGCUGGCCAUUAUCUCCUCUCAUCUGCAGGUAUCUGUAUGGAAGGUUCUAUUAGGAGGUCUAGAUACCCCACAAGCAAAGGUAGCUUCUAGCUCGAUAUUAUUCAUUCGGUAGUCUACCCUUCAACUUCCAUACUAUCAGACCGGUCCAAUCAUUAUAUCAUCAGAAGCACCAUGGCGGAUGUAUUGGUGCGAACUCGGAACGGUGUCGAGCGAACCAAGAGUGGUGAAGGCAGCCAUCACAAUAACGGCACUGGUGGUAAGGCUACUGCCAAGAAACGAGUGGGUAGCAGUCAUGGUGUGGAAAAGCCGGGGGGAGAAAAAGUCGUCAAGAAGAAGGGUGGGAAGCUGAAACGCCAAAUGAGCAAGGAUGGAACGGUGGCUUCGACCGUCAGUGGCAGCAGCAGUGUACAACAAUCCUCCAAGCACGGCACUAGUACUACUGGUGGGAAACGAAGAACCUCUUCCAAGAACGGCGCUGCCACGAGACUGGCCGGUAGUGAUCAAGGCGAUGCUACCACUACUACAACCGCCAAGACCAAAAAGGUCAAACCCAAAAAGAAACUCGCCAGUCGAGCCAAGAGUUUUGAUGGAUGUAGUGUGAGCACGGCUGGUACCGGUAUCCAUGGCGCUGCUGCCAAUACUGCCAAUAGUGCAAUUCCCAAACAAGCAGAGGGGAGACGACCCCCUCCACCACUCCGCAAACAGAAAUCUGCCUCGGCUCUCCUGUCCAUGGACACGAAGAGUGAUCACGGCGGUCGAGCACCGUACAGCAAAUUCAAGCAUCAAAACAAUCUAGAUCAACUCCAGAAGAGCAUGCCGGAUCUGAGCUUUGAAACCCCCAAACAACAAAUUGCGCAUGACUUGUUCGGCAGACGACACGAAAACGACAACCGAACCGAAGAGCAACAAAAGCAAGAAAUGGUAGCUGCCUUGUCCAUCACAAACUCGGGAGAUAGUAGUAAGGACCAGCAUCAGCAUCAUGGAUCCUGUAACGACAAUAAUAAUCUUACCGAUUCCAGCGAUGCGCACAUGACAAAGUCAGCACCCGACACAACGAUCAUGACGGAACGAAAGACACGUCGUGUAUCCUCCAACAAAAAGAAAAAGGACUCGAGAUUACGAGGACGUGUCAAAUCCAAAGCACACCAGCAUGGAGAUGAAGAUGCCGUCACCAUCACCACGGCCCAGACGGAUCCCACCAAUCCCUACUUUCACAACAAAAUGCCCGCCGCACAGGCGGUCGCCAAAAUGGGAGCUUCACAACCCAUGUUGGGAUCCUCUUCUCACAAUAAGAAUGAUAAUACUUCACCCAAACGGGGCAAACGAAUCGUCAAAAAGACAAGAUCCAGGUCCCGGUCACAAUCGCGCUCCAACCACCACCACAACAACAACAAACAAAAGAAGGAUCAGGUCAAAAAGGCAUCGGUGCGACGGGGAUCCGAUUUCUCCGCCGAGAGUGGCUCGGAGGAUGAAAAUGAUGUGGGUCCACCCGAAAACAAUAACAAUCAGUCUUCUUUUAUUAAACGAUCCGGAUCACAAUCGUCCCUUCGUGGCAGCAGCGGGCAUCGAAAAACAACCGCCAAAACGGCCGCCAAAAAUUCUCUUUUGGGAGGAUCGUCACAUCACGGCGAUAAUGACGAUGCCACAUUCGCUUUUGAAGAUACCAGUUUAUCCGCAUCGACGCCGUCACGGAGAUGGAAGAAAGGGGGUGCUAUGGAUCCAGGACCCAAGGCACCGCAACGAGAACGGUCCACGUCCAAUCGGGGGGCCAGCUACAAACGAACGACGGCGCCAAGGAAUUCACUACUCGGUCAAGACGCCGACGACACGGAAGCAGAAGAGGAUGACGACGUGGACAACAAUCAUGACAGUUAUCAACCUCCGUGGAAGACAGUUUCCACCCUUCAUGCCAGUGGAACCAACAAUGAAUCCAGUAGUGUCAACUAUCCGGACGAUUCCAGCAGUACCGAUAUCGCGGAGACACUGCUAAAGGUCACUCCGGCCAACAAAAAAGAAGAAGGGUCCAAACGAGGAGGGCGUACACUGGCGAAAAAGAAAGAACAGCCAUCCAAGUCUGGUAGUGCGAUGCUGGACUCGAGUGAAUAUGACGACAAUAAACGAAAAUCGUUGUGUGGGCUCCUUCCGAAAGGUCCGAAACGAUCCAUGACUGGAGCAAGCAGCGUUGUUAGCGGAACGCUGCCUCCAUUGAUGGAUUCCAGUUUUUCUUCCGUGCAGUCAACGGGGGAAGAGUCGGUCUCGUCGUUUCUCAGUCAAAAGAAACCAGGACUGAUUGUAGAAGCAGAAGUCAAAGAUGGUGCCAUGAAAUUCUUUUUGGGGAAUCUGACGUCGGCAAUGGAAAAACGAAUGGAAGCUUCGCAAAGCGACCAUGCACAAGAUGAUGAUGAUGGCAACAACAAUAGCAGCAGCGGUCUACGGGGCAAAAAAGGAUUGCAUUCAUCCGCGCAAAACUCCGGUCUGGGAUCAACACUGAAAAAGGGAAAUGCUGGCGCCUUUGGCGGCAGGGCAGACGAUGAAAUGUCGAUUCCUAGCCUCAUGUCGUUCAGAAAACGAGAAGACGCAUCGGUGCCCAGUGUGAAUUCCUCUCAGAUGAAAGGGCAACCGGAUGACGCAUCAAUGCCCAGCCUUACGUCCAUGCCUAGUCUCUCCUCGUAUCGCACCCAAGGAACCAACGCCACCGCUGAAUCAGAUAAUAUUCCAGACGAUUGUUCCAUGCCAAGUCUUUCGUCAAUGCCAGAUGACGGCAAGUCGGUUGCAAGCAUACCCGCGCAAAGGCCUCUUGUCAAAGGCAAGCGGGGAGCAAAGCAAGGGGCUGCCGCGGUUUACGGCAAGCGAAACGAAGAUAAUGAUAGUCAGUCCGAAGAAGAAGACGACGACGACGAUGAACAGGAAGAGGAAGCAUGCAAAGAAGAACCUUCAGAGUACGAGGAAUCCAUGACUGAAUUCGAUGAAAACGAAGGCGAACAAACGGAGGGCACAGCAGAAGGCGACGAUGGCGAACACGAAAUGGUCCACGCAGAAACCGAGGAGGAGGAAGGGGAUUCGGAAGAAGAGGAGGAAUCGGACGAGGAGGAAUCAGCAAGUGAAGAAGAGGAGGAGCCUGAGGUCGUGCAGAGCGCUCCAAAGGGAGGCAAAUCCAAGAAGAAAGGAAAGCGGAGUUCCCUCAAAGAUCAAGAGCGUCAGCAGCCAGUGAGCUCUUCGGCUUCCGUAGCCUCGGCUUCGGUACAGCAGUUUGUGGUGAAGUCAAAGAAGAAAAAGAAGAAGAAGGAAAAGAAUGCUAAGGAUGAGCAAGUGCAGCAGUGGCAAGAAGAGUUCCAGCAGGAGCAGCUAGUGCAGCAGCAACAACUCUUGUGGCAACAUCAGCAACUCAUGCAACAACAGCAAAUGCUCCAGCAACAGUACUGGAUGCAGAACCAGGGGAUGGCCAAUGGUGCAUUCAUGAUGAACCAAGAUCCUGGGAUGAACUACAUGGAACAUAUGAUGGGCGCACCUGGCCAAAUCAUGAGUACUGAGGGGCAAAUGGGUGACCAGUCUGUACGUGAUUCGAUGGGUUUGUCCAGCCACUCUGACCAUCAGUCUGUCUUCAGUCAGAAAUCCACGAGAUCAAAAAAGUCGCCAAUAAAGCAUUCUCAGAGUCUCGACUACGACUUCUCGUACAUGGACAAUCCUGAAAUGCCAGAGGUGUCAGAGGUUAGUGCUGAUGAUGUUUUGCAGCCAAUGAAUCCAUCGCAACGGGACGAGGAGUGCCACGACAGCGCUGCACAGCCAUUGCGCGGAAAGAAGAAGGAGAAAGAGAAGAAAGUGCCAGCUCUUUCCUUUUCGUCGCGCUUCAAAAAGUCAGUGAAGAAGAUCAAGAAGGGUUUUGUCGGUGGAAGCAAGCAAAAAUCGACUCUUUUGAAUACCGGUUUGAACGACGGACAAUUCUUCCCCGAUCUCGACGAUGAUGACGACGAGGAAACUACCAUGAGAGGACUGCUAUCUGGCUAGCCACUAGCCUGCAAGCUAAUUCUAAGGUUUUUAAGACUGGUUGGGUCUGACUUCCCGUAUUCAUGGAGUUUGCAUCGGCAACAAAACAGAUUAUUAGCAUUGCGGUACGUCUGCUGUCGCAGCAAGUAAAGCUACUAGCCAGAAACCUCGUUGAGGCGACGAGAAAGGGGCCUCUUGGGGCCGUAGAUGUGGUCCUCCGAGUGUGCGCUUGACGCAGUCAAUGCUGACCAAGACGACUGCUCCGUCGGACGCUGCUUGGGUCUGCCUGCUUCAAGGGAACCAAGUGAAGCACGGCGCUUAUGUUUCUCAAGAGAACUUGCCCUCUUCUUUGUUCGUGAUGCUUUUGACUUGUCCAUAGCAGCUGAGCCACCAUCGGCGCUUUGUUUCCGACGACUAGAAUCUCGACUAGAAGAGUCCAUACCACCGGUACCACCAUCAGCACUUUGUCUCCUCCGACUGGACGCUUUGUGCCCCGUGCUCUUCGACCUGACUUUCUUCUUCUCAUUCGCAGUCGAGAGCGUUGACUGUGAUUGCGAUAGAGGACUCUUCCCAGUCUGACGCGUGCGUGAUUGAGAUUUAUUUUGCGAUUUGCUUCUGUCGAGGUCCUUGCGUGACUCCAAGCGUCCUUGCGACGCCGAAGGUAUUUGAGACGUACUCGAGCGUCGGCUGCUUGGCCUGGAGCUAGUAUUUUUGGCAUCGCUUGUGGACUUCCGCUUCACCUUCCUAUCCGAGUUGGACAGCCUAGAGGAAGCCGGAAACCUCUCCGAUCUCGACAUGCCCCUGUCGUGAGGGCUGUGACUUCGGCUGUGGCUUCGUCUGCGCCCAUCAGACGGUGACGAACUCGACGCCCUUCGCCUGGAUCCUGAGGAUCUUUUGCUCGAUCCAAGGUUGUCUUGUCGCGGGGGCGAUCGGUCCGAUACGGCAGCUUUCUUUGUCCGAGCAGAACUCUUUGAUUUGCUACGCGUGGUUGACGGAGGUUGAGGUGACUUGGACCUACUAGCGCUGCGACUUCUCCUGCCUUUCUCGCUAGACCGGGUAGAUUUCGGGCGUGUUGCUCCCAUCCGAGCCGAUCGAUGUGAGGACAUUUCCAUUUCCGUUGUGCUCCCCCGCCGUUUUGCCUUUUUGCGUCGAGUUUGUUGAGUCGAUGUAGAUGGUCUUCGCGAUUCAGAAUGCUCAAUCUGACUGGACUGAUCCAGAAGCAUGGCGACUCGCGCCUGAAUUUCCGGGUCGGGUUCGACGGAGGUGAACGACUGUUGCAGUGACAUGCGCCGUGACUUGCUACUUUGGUCCAAAAUCUGCAUCGAUUCUGCCACGGACAGCCGACGCUCCGAGCGCCCACCAAAGUCUUGGUCAAGGUUUUGAAAGACAAAACUGUCUUGGUUCAGGACUGUGUCGACGGCUUCUGCAGUCUCCCCCAUGAGAUCAUCGCCCUCGUUCGCAAAGGGAGGAACAAGGAACGCCGGAACAACCUUUGAUGAUUUUCGCCUGGUCCCGUCGUAGACAAAGGAUGGUAUGAUAGGUUCGUAAGAUUCAGCAGUCGAAGACGCAGGAGCGCUUGCUCGCCUGGGCAUUCGGCGUGACCUUCCUUUCGGCGACAUGGCCUCUUGCUCUGGCUUAACAAAUUCUGGAGGUUCCCACUGAAUCUCGACGUAAUGAGCUCGAACGGAUUCCGGAGACGACAGCAGCGCAGCCAGAUCCUCAUCUUCGUCUAAUUCAUCUCCAUUGUCAUCAGUUAUAUCUUCCACAUUGAACUCAACGUCUGCACCAAACGACGCCCGCCGUUUGCUCUUUUUCUUUUUCUGCUGUUUCUUCCGAGCUGAUUUUUCUUUCUUUUGUUGUUUCUUUUCCGCCUUCAAUUCUGCCUUUAGCGCUUUUCUCUCCGCCUUGGAUGCCGCCCGUUUCGCAAACUUUUCCAUGGCCAACAGGAACAAGUCAUCUUUGGAACUCUGGCGAGCAGGGAGCCGGUUGUCGCUGUUGUUGUUGAUGGGGGGAGCCGCGUUUAUAUUAUUUGCGGCGUUGGUGAUUGUGGUUGCUACAGUCGUCAUACCAGCUGUCGUGACCGUAACCGUUGGACUGUGAUUGGUAAUGGUUUCCAAGGUGGCCCCCAGGAGUUGAGUGGGGUCACUGUUUCGUCGCUUUAUUAUUUUGUUCUUCUUUUUGGACUUUUUGGUGUUGGUAGAUUCGGGAGGUGCUGUGUCAGGCUGGGCUUUUUUGAUUGGCGGCGACAACAGGUUCGACACAAUGUUGGUGGGCGCCAGCCCCAUCUUCUUUUGGUUACUGUUGCUUUUGGUAUCUGUUCGUUGUUUGGCGUUUUGUUGUGGCGGCUUUGUCGCGGUCUUCUUGUUGCUCCCCUUUUUACUACUAUUAUGGCCCCCUUUACUCCCUUUCUUCACUCUCGUGGUUGCCCCAUCCAUGCUGUUGUGUUCUGCCGCACCAGUAGCAGUAGUAUUCGCGUGGCUAAUCACCGUCUUGGCAUCUCGUUUUUCAUCGUCGUCUUCGUCAUCGUAGUUGGACGAUAUGUGAGACAUGGAUGCCCAUAGUCUUGUAGCUUUGGACCUCCUACCAGUAGUUGGAUCAGGACGAAAUACUUGCAUAGUAUCGUCGUCCUCCUCCGAUUCAUCGUCAUCUUCCUCCUCCUCCGAAUCAGCUUGGUAUUGAUUAAAGCUCCCCACAGCACUUUCUCUCUUCUCUUUCUUGUUCUCGUUUUGGGCCAACAUGGCACCCACUCCAUCCAACGACGAUUUCUUUCCUCCGUUAUUAUUGUUGUGAGGACUGGGAGACAAUAAUGGAUCGCAAAAAAAGUCCCCAAACAUCUCAUCACUGGGUACAAAUGGGUCACUUUGCUGCGACUCUCGCAACGAUUGUUCCACGUGUCGGGUCCGUCUUCGAGAGGUGGAAGCCUCGGUCAGGAAGGAUGUUGUGGAUGCGUUGUUAUUGUUGUUGGCUCGUUUCAGUAGUAGGUUGGCGGACGAAUCAUUGACUGUGAUUUGGCCAAAUCCGUCCAUGGUGUUAUGAUUAUUAUGAUCAGUAGUGGGAGAAGAGGAUAUAGAAGAAGGUUGCAGCAAACUGAGGGAGGAUGAUUGUGGAUUGUUGCACAAGGCGUCGGGCGUGGGAAUGGACAUUUCGGAAAGUGUACUGGAAGCCGUGCUGGAAGUACCAAAUCCGGUCGUUUGAGAGGUUUGACGAUCCGCCCAUCUCACUUGUACCUGCUGCAGUCCAUCUUCCAGCUGCCAAUCGUGCUGUUGGUUGUUGGAUGAUGAUGAGUUUUUUCGGGAAGCCUUUUGAUAAUUCUUGCUGCUGCUUCCCGAGGAAUACAGACUGGAUUGGCUGACGGAUCUUCUGUAGAGUUGACUUCCCACAGCAGCAGCAGCAGUAUGAUGUGCUGGCGGUGGAGCAGCAGCUGCUUGUAGAUUUGCUUGUGUGGGUUGUUGACGUCGUUUCCGUCUUGUCUGGGGAGGCGGUGGAGAGCUGGUUUGUCUUGCAUUGACGGCUGGUUCCGAUAAGCGUCGUCGUAACUGACCGGGUCGCAGUCUCGUCGUGGACGGUGUCUCGGAAGAAUUCACCUGAUUAUUCUGAAAGGCAGGAAGACUCUGAUGCAUCAUUGCCUGGCUGCUUGUAUCAUCUGAUGCUUCAAUAUUAGAAGGACCACUUGUGGCCACAUCCAGUUGAAUGCUUGCAUCACUCAUUAUUAUUGGCAUUAAUGACAGUUGCUUCAGGGCUCGUUCAAUUUCUUCAGGUUUCAGAGGUCGCAUGCUCCUUGGGUCCACACUGAUUGAUGGCUCCAAGGACAGCACACUCCACUCGACCAGUCGAGUAUGGCUAGUGCUCGAACAGACACUCAGUUAUGCUAAUGGUCAGCCAGUGCACCAAUGGUCCAGAUUAUUCUCAUCUUCAUUCCCAUGCUUGACAGCAAGGAGAAUGAACGGAUGAGGCAAAAAUGGCAGCUGAAGCGUGAAGUGAAAAAACCUGGAGGACGUGGAGACGUGGAGUCCGUCCUCGGGCCAACGUGGAGCGCAACGAAAUUCUGAACCCGUGCCAACCUUGCAAAAAGCAAUAAAUUAGAGUGAAGUGAUAAAUCUCUCAAAUAAAAGUACUAAUGCUUCUUGCGUUAUCAACCGAAGAGAGUCUAAACAUCCCGUAAACUCAUUGGUCUGUUAGCGUGAUACAUACUCACUCUAAUGCAGGUGGCAGGUCGUCUACAUGGCAGAAGCUACAGGUCUUCUCGAUGUUGUCGUUACCUUGCAUGCUACACUGGUUCAUCUAGAUCUAUCUCAACCACCCAGGCUGAACCGUCUUGGGCAUUGGGCAGUUGGGCAGGACCGAGAUCCUUGCGUACCCGAAAAAGAUGAUGGAGUUACCAAGGUUGUUUUUGGAGUCAAGGCGCAGAUAGCGGCUGGCUUGCACUUUUCUUUUGUACCUUAGGAACAGUGGGGGGAAGAGGAGCUUCCUUCCAUUGAACUCCUCGCUUAUCCUCCUUUUCCUAUCUCUAUGCAUAGCUACCGGUAGCCUGACACCAAUGCAUUCGGGUCUUCCUUGCUUUUCAGUCAACGCCUUUCAUGGCACAACUCCUACCGUACGAGCUUGACAACCGCUCUUCAGGACCAACUCUUGGACUCACCAGGGACUUAUCCAGGGCCUCCACAGCUAGCUAGCUAGGCAACUUGAAUACCAACCUCUGCCACACUCCAGGACCAACCUCACAGUCAGAUCUAAAGAUUCUUACUCCGGUAGUACCAGUACUGGUACUGGUAGACGAAUGUCUUGCUCACUGUUAUGUUUCCAAAAGUUGUGUUUCAGUAAGCCAGUUUAGCUGUUUGUUCACCA